AGUUCCUCCUGUGCUGUACGCCGGGCAGGCGCGAGCUUCCCCCGCGCCUAAUCUGUCGCGCGCGCGCUAGGCGGGGGUCGCCGGGGCUGCACCCCCGGCAGAGGCCGGCUCCGGAGCCAAGGGAUGCGGCACCCCCCUGGCGAGCUGCGUGGAUUCUCUCGCCAUCGGUGCUUUUAAUGCACAAAGGGGCAGGAUGGCUCGCAGGUCCCGCUGUGAGGAGCAAGAUGAGCUGCAUUACCAGGACACAGACUCAGAUGUGCCAGAGCAGCGGGAGAACAGGUGCAAGGUCAAGUGGACUCACGAAGAGGACGAGCGUCUGAAGAUGCUAGUGAAGCAGUUUGGACAGAGUGACUGGAAGUUCCUUGCAAGUCAUUUUCCCAACCGCAGUGACCAGCAGUGCCAGUACCGGUGGCUGAGGGUGUUGAAUCCAGACUUGGUGAAAGGGCCUUGGACCAAAGAAGAGGAUCAGAAGGUAAUUGAAUUGGUUAAAAAAUUUGGCACAAAGCAAUGGACGUUGAUAGCAAAGUACCUGAAAGGCAGGCUUGGGAAGCAGUGCCGGGAACGCUGGCACAACCACCUGAACCCCGAGGUGAAGAAGUCCUCAUGGACGGAGGAGGAGGACCGAAUCAUUUUUGAAGCUCACAAAGUUCUGGGGAACCGCUGGGCUGAGAUUGCCAAGCUGCUGCCUGGGAGGACUGACAAUGCUGUGAAGAACCACUGGAACUCUACCAUCAAGCGGAAAGUGGACACAGGAGGUUUCCUCAGUGAAACAAAAGACUCUGAGCCCCUAUACUUGUUGGUGGAGGUGGAGGGUGAAGAAAACCAGAGUGUCCAGAACCAGAAAAACCUACCCGCUGGCUGGCCUGCUAAUAUCUUGGAAAUAAAGGAGGAAGAAGUCAGUGAGGAUGAAACAGCUGGCUUCCAGGAGCUGCCCUGUGAGCAGACAGCUGCAACACUGGCAAAGGACAGUGCCGAGGGGGCGCCAAAGGGUGCGGUGCCUGAAGACAUGUCAGUGGAUGGCACCUUGCUGUACAAAUGGGCAGCUGACACUGCCAACUACUUGAGUCUGACUUCGGUUCCAGUCCUUACGGAAGCACUGGACAUGAUGGAAUCGCAGGACCCAGAUGGGUGGUGCGAUCUGACUCAUUUCGACUUGCCUGAGGAUCCAGCCGCUGGCGGCGGCAGCAACAGCCCCGUCAGGCAAGCCCCCAGCAAGCCCCCAGCUCCUGUGCCCCACGUGACGGAGUAUCGCCUGGAUGGUCACACCAUUUCAGACCUGAGCAAAAGCAGCAAGGGCGAGCUGAUCCCUAUCUCCCCCUGCUCGGAGCUGAGCUCUGGCACGCCACCCUCUGUGUUCAAGAGGCAGAAGAGGAGGAAGAUCUCCCUCUCACCUGUCACAGAGAACACCAGCUACUCUUUCAUAGACUCCUGUAACAGCAUGACGCCCAAGAGUACUCCUGUCAAAACACUGCCUUUCUCCCCAUCCCAGUUCUUAAACUUCUGGACCAAACAGGACACGCUGGAGUUGGAGAACCCCUCGCUGACCUCCACGCCCGUGUGCAGUCAGAAGGUGAUAGUCACCACCCCCCUGCACAGGGACAAGACCCCGCUGCACCAGAAAAACUCUGCGUUUGUCACCCCAGAUCAGAAAUACAUAGCGGACAACACGCCCCACACACCCACGCCUUUUAAGAAUGCCCUGGAAAAGUACGGCGCCAUGAGGCCACUGCCACAGACGCCUCACCUGGAAGAAGACUUGAAGGAAGUGCUGCGCAGCGAAGCCGGCAUCGAGUUGAUCAUAGAGGAUGACGUGAAGCCUGAGAAGCAGAAGCGGAAACAAGGAGCCAGCACUGACGGUUGCCUGCUUUGCUUCUCUCGUGUUUCCCAGCUGCGCAGGAGUCCCAUCAAGAAAGUCAGGAAGUCCCUCGCCUUGGACAUUGUGGAUGAGGAUGUGAAGCUGACUGUGUCCACCAUGCCCAAGCCCAUUUGCUUCAAAAGAGCACAGCCCGUGAGUUUCCUCUCAAGGUCUCUCAACCUUUCCUCCUCAAGCAACAAAGAUGACAGCGGCUUGCUUAACAGGGGAUUUGUGCAGGUGCAGGUGAAGACGGAGAAGACUUCAACCUCCCGGAAGAUCCCAAGUCAAUUCAGACCACCUGCUCCGAUGUCCAGGGCAUGGAAAGUAGUGGCUUGCGGUGGAACCCGAGACCAGCUCCUCAUGCAAGAGAAAGCUCGGCAGAUCUUAGGCGUGUUAAAACAGAGCCACACGUCAAGGACAUUGAUCUUAUCGUGAAGGAUGGUUGUUUCUUCUCUGCCUUCUGAUUAUUUUAUUUUUUUUAAGUGGAGAAGGGGAAAAAAGAACACAGAAGAAUCCUCUCUGCAAGGCACUGUUUUUUUCCUUCUCUGAACUCCACGUGCCCUGGUAGAUCCAUAUUUUAAUAAAUCGUGCUAAAUACUGGAUGAUAAGUGAGAUGUCAGUUUUACAGUUGUUUGUGGAAAACAAUCUGUGAGUUUAGGAAAACACCUGCUAUGAAAGAGAACAGUGCCCCCUUGUCGCAGCCUUCUCCAGAGGUACAGGAAACCCUCGCCAUCCGGGGAGGAUGCGCUCCUGGCACCACUGUGAAUGGCGAAAUCCACAAAAACGGGGCAGCCGCUCCCAGCCCCCGCAGAGAGCUCCGGACGGCUCCUGAGCUCAUGAGGGCUGGAAGCUGCAGGGAACUCAUCACGGGCUGGUAACCAUAUUGAGUUCCUUGCAACUCACACCUACUCUGGUGAGUAUGGUGGGCUCCUGACUGCUGCUGCCAUCCAGCAGCACCCCUUCCCCAAAGCCAUGUUUCUGCCCCAGGCCAGGGGAUGGGGUACAAUUGGGGGGAUAGGAGAGACCCGCAAAUAGUGGAUCCACAAAUCACAAGGUUCUCCAGUAAAAAUAGCACCCGUCCCCACCCCCCAGUGCUGCCUGUCACUGCUCUCUGCCCCGGCCCAUGAUGUGGGCAUGAAGCAUUUCUCUCACCUAGGCAGGGAUGUGGCAGUGCAGAAUGAAGACUCAGAGCCAUGUGUAAGGUCCUGGUGUAUUUUCCCUUGCUCCUCCUGGAUGAGCGUUUUUCAUCGUCAUUGAUGAUGGUAGGGACACGUUAGCAGGAGAAAGGAGAUUGGAGAGAAACGGCCUUCAGGAGGGUUUGAUUAUAGUUUGGAACUAGCGGCUUUGUUCCCAUCUGACGGCAGGAGAGCCAUUUGCACCUAUGUGUGAUGCAUAUAUUAUAUGGGGGGAGGGGCGGUUCAUGACAAUACCCUCCUUUUAUAUAUUUUAAUAAAUCUGCCUGCUGUCGGGUUUUACCGG